AUGAAUAAAAAGAACAAAAAACUUAGUAAAUAUAGAUAUUGUGCAAUGGUAGGGUCAAUGAAUUCAUAUUUAUAAGUCUUACUAGAAAAUUAAAUUAUUCAAAGAGAUAAAUUCAAUACAUAUCAAAGUAAGAAAGACAAACUAUUUGCAAGAAUCAUAAUACCAGAAAUUUAAGAAAAUGGAUUUAAAUUAUAAAUUCAUAUUUCAAUAUACUAUUAGAAAUUGUAUGCUUUUAGAAAUGCAGUGUUUUUUUUUUCCAAAUAUGAUUUAGACACAUAUCAGUUAGAUUUAAGACAGAAACCUUUGAAUCCAAUAAAAUUAUUCAAAUUAUGCAUAUUAUUAUAGUUUGAAUAAAUGUUAAUAGUACUAGAAACAGAUGAUUAAAUUGAGAAAUUCAAAAUAAUUCAAAAAGAACUAGAGUAUUAAAUUAAAAUUGCAUCUGAUUAAAAUAAAAUUGUUACUAAUUUUUCAUAUGCAACUAAUCAAAGAUUUAAUUUUGAUUUAAUCUAAAAAAAUUCAAUAAAUCCAGAUUCAGAAACUAAAUAUUUAGAAACAAACUUUAUAGUUACAAAUGUAAUUGAUAACCUUAGUGCAGAAGUUGCUGUACUUAAUGGAUCUCUUUUUAAAGGAUAAAAACUAUUUAUUGACAAAGAAGCAAUUAUAGUAUAGAAGAUAGUAUCUUUCAAUCAAGAUAUUUAAGUGGCCUUGGAAGGUAUGAUAAUUUAGAUAACAGUUGAUAAAAAGUUAUAAUUAUAAGAAGGAAGUGUUGGAUGUUAUACUUAAAUUCUUUUAGCAGAUAUAGAAAUUGAAGUCUUUUCCUAAUUACCAUUACAAGAAAAACCUCUUAUGUGUAGUGAUAUUUACUAUUAAUUGUAUAGUUGGAAGAAACCAGUUACUAUAGAGAAAAAACAAAGUAAAUAAUCAAUUACUUAACAAUUCGUUGUUAAAAGAUAAUUAUUGAGUUUUAGUAGAUGGCCGAAUUUAAUCGGUUUCUCAAAUUUAAAUUCCUAAGUUUAAGUCUUAGGUAUUAUACGUUCAAUUCCAAAAGUGGUACUUUAACCUGGAUUGCUAAUACCUACUUAUGGAUUUGAAUAAUAGUUUAUUGAAGAAAAUGAAUCAAUGAGAAAAUUCAUUUGUAGAUGUAGAAGUUGCAAGAUGUCAAUGAUUGACACUGUAAUGAUUCCAUGUGGACAUGUUAGAUAUUGCAAUGGUUGUGCUUAUAUAAUGAGAGAAUGCUAUUAUUGUGAUCAAAAAUCAUAUUGUAAUGGAGUUAUUCAAAUUAAAGAAUGCAAUCCAAAUUUACAUCGAUUAUUAAUUAAAGGCAUUUUGGAAGAGGAAUUUGUAGAUCAUACAAAUUUUUAAGUUUUACCAAAAUUAGUGUAAUUUGAAUUAGAGUAAUAAAUUUAAAGUCCAAAUUUGUACUUUAAAUGUGUUAAAUGUUUUAAAGAAUUAAUAUCUCAUAUUUUAGUUGAUAAGAACUUAAAAUAUUAAUAUGUGUGUAACUAUUGUGCUAAUUAGGCAAAUAGACAAGAAUGGAAUAUUGUUAAAAUACAAUAUCAAUGUGUUUGA